ACACUUCAGGCCCAUCUUCGAUACAAGGCCACGUGUUCGAGCGCGCCUGCCGAGCCAGGGUCGAGGAGAGAUUGCCGAAAUAUGAGGAAAGGCGAGCAUAGCAGCGAGGUUAUGGCCGAGAAAGGAGUUCCGAGGGCGCUGCUCUUGUGUCAAGUUUUCAGACCCUGUCUUCGUCGGGGGCUUCUUAUUCUGGUGCUGAGUAUAGCCUGCCUCUUUGUCGCCGUCACCUUGAGUAAGAGCUUCCUGGCGUGGACCCCACUUCUUGUGCCGGAUACCUUCAUCCCGAGCGCCGCUGUGAAAGCACGGAGGAUGCCUGGAAACCUGAAUGCGUCAUCAGGAGCGGGAAGCGGCCUGCGAAGCGUUGUGGCUCCGAGAGUGGCUCGUCUCGUCAUGGCACAGAAAAAGGCAGAAGACGAAAAUGCCGAAAUCCCUGCACAAGAGCUGCAUGAGUUUGGCCACCCGGUCGAUAAGAAAGCAAGGUCUGAUCGCACGCGUUCUCCCUUCGUGAUGCCUUCGGAGACGUCGCCCGUGGCGUCAUCUGGGGCGUCAACUGAGACGUUACCUCGCCGACGGUCACGGUCACUGGAAGACCUGUCAGACGACAUACAAGAGAUCGUGCCCGAUUACGCGACGAAGUCUCAGGCUCGCACGACUGUCAAGGUGGAGUCCGUUGGCGCGCCCCAACCUCGACAAGCUACUGACGACGCUCAUGUUUCUUCGUCAUCUGAAGACUCGCUGAACUCAGAACCUGAUAUCAUGACUGAGCCGGCUGCUACCUCUGGUGAACCUGGAGCUUCGGCACCGGAGUCCGCAGACGAUACGACCAGAGCCGGAGAUUUGUUAACACCCACAGGACCUGAUGAGAUAACCGGUGAUGAGCCAGAGAAAAUCUCCGAGAUCAAGGCAGAGAGCGUUACGGACGCAAUGACGUCUGAAGUCGCCGAAUCAUCGACGCCAGGUAAUGCGGCGGAUGUGUCGGCCGAAAUGACUACUGAAAUGUCCACCGAAAUGACUACUGAAAUGUCCAAGGAAAUGACUACUGAAAUGUCCACCGAAAUGACUACUGAAAUGUCCACCGACAUGACUACUGAAAUGUCCAAGGAAAUGACUACUGAAAUGUCCACCGAAAUGACUACUGAAAUGUCCACCGAAUCGGCUACUGGAAUGUCCAAGGAAAUGACUACCGAAAUGUCCACCGAAAUGAGUACUGAAAUGUCUACCGACGUGACUACUGAAAUGUCCACCGAAAUGACUACUGAAAUGUCCAAGGAAAUGACUACUGAAAUGUCCACCGAAAUGACUACUGAAAUGUCCACCGAAUCGGCUACUGGAAUGUCCAAGGAAAUCACUACCGAAAUGUCCACCGAAAUGGCUACUGGAAUGUCCAAGGAAAUGACUACUGAAAUGUCCACCGACAUGACUACUGAAAUGUCCACCGAAAUGUCGGACGUCACUGGACACGAAAUGGCUACAGAACAGAUGACAACAGCGAUGAACCACUCAGUGAAGCCAAGAAGUCGCCUGCCUUUGACAUCCUCUUUGGCAUGUAAUACUUCAUUCUGUGAAAUGGAAGCGAAGCACCUGUCGAGCAUCUUCAAAAGCGGCCGGGACCCGUGCGACAACUUCUACGUGUUCGCCUGCGCCGACUGGAAUGCUAGGUCCAGCGACUCCCAGGAAUACAAGAACGUUGACGACGCCUUAGCGGGCAGCAUGGAGGACAUGGCCAAGGCUGUUCUCAGCGGGAAGUCCACCCUUGAGCUGACGCCGCUGUUCAACCUGUGGACAGCUUGCAUGCAACCAGGUGCCGUCAAGGACAACGAACUGGCAAACACUUUGUCUUCGCUGGGCAUCGACUUGAAGAUCAAGGAUGCCGCUACAGCCGACAGUGUGCUUGAGGCGGCGGGAAAACUGCUGUUCAUGCUCAACAACGCACCCCUUCUCACAGUAGGGUUAAGCAUGCUUCCCACGAGCACAACUUCAAAGGUCAUUGCGAUAGAAGAGGGCGACAGCAUCGUGAUCCGGGCGGAUGCCAUGGUGAACGACAACAUGAAAGCGUUGGAAGGUCUUGCCUGCAAAUUUGCUGAAGCUGUUAGUCUUCCGCAUGAGCAAGAUCACCCCCUUUGCCGCAACCUGGCGCAAAUCGCUUUUGACUUAGCUAAGGCAUCCACCGAGCAUAUGCCAAUCACCGAUCGGAUGAUGAAAUAUACCUUGGUGCCCUACAGUAACAUCUCAAUGUUUAAGCCGCUCUUGGACAUGAUGGAAGGCUCCAAGGAUUACAUGGGCGACGACAAGAUGGUAGUUGUCAAGAAUUAUGGCCAACUCAAUGUAGUCGAAGCUCACCUAAAGGCAUCACCAGGCGACGUGCUCACGUAUUUGGCCUUCCACACGACCAUCUACCUUUCACCGUUUCUGGAUGAGAAGGACUUCUUUUGGGACGCGGCCAUGUUAGUCCUUACGGGUCACAUGCGUCCCCAUCCAGUGCCCAAAUGGCGUCUCUGCUUGCGCCUCGUCGACCGAGUACUGCCGAGCUUCAUGAUUGCUGCUUUCGAAACGGCCGCCAACAGCACGCCUCUCUUCACCGAACUCAUGGCGGACAUAAUGGCCGAAGAGAUGCAGUCUGCCUUCAUUGACGAGGUCAUGGCCAUCGAACAUGUUGACAACUGGACCAGGCAUGUGCUCACCCGAAAGGCGCAGAGCGUCGUCGUGCUCACAUUCUUUCCGACACGUUACACAGCCAAGGCGCUCGUCAAUGCUAUGUCCACCAAGAUCAACGAGGUGGCGGAGUGGAAAAGCAAUCCGAUGGAGUAUUUUCUUAAAGUGAGCGCAUUCGUGGCCAACUCCUGGGCUGCUCCAAUGCACCACCCACUUGUCGAUCGCAGGAGGGGUAUGUCAAUGUUUGACACCGACUGUCAUUUCAACCCAGAGAAAAAUGUCGUUGUGCUUCCUUUAGCCUUCUACAACCUUUCCGUGCCAACGUCGCCAAAGGAGAGGAUGUUUCACAUUCCACGCAUUGGUCCUCGACUCACCAACUGCCUUUUUAGAGCUACUUUUGCAACCAAUUUCUUCAUGCCGAACGACUACUAUUGGACAAAUGACGCUUCUUCAAACUUCGACGCGAGAGCAAAAUGUUUUGGUGGACACUACAAGAAGGGCCAGAAUGCUUGGAUGUCCACAACCGUAGAAGAAAACUCUGGAAUAGUCGUCGCGUUCGAGGCCUUCCAGGAUCGACUUUUCAGCAAGCAGUACCUGCAGAUGGACUACAUCCUUGAGGGCCUCCCGGACGUAACAGCGGACCAGCUGUUUUUCAUCUAUUACGCUUUGAGCCACUGUGAAAUAUCUGGUCAGGGUUCUACCGCGUCCAUGAUGAACGCAGAAGAGAGGGUCAACGUGCCCCUGAUGAAUUCGCUCGAGUUCUCAGCUGCCUUCAAAUGUGCCAACAAUAGCAAGAUGAACCCCAGCAACAAGUGCAGCUUCUGGGACUGACCACUGUCAUGGGAAGAAGACUUGCUAUUUUUGAAGAGUGGACAAAAAAAAAUAAUCAUAACAAAAUGCGCUGCUAAGCCGCUUGGAACUUCAGCUGGGUGUCCAUUUCGAUGGUUUGUUUAUUAUUAAUAAAAGGGAAAGCUGAACACUA